UUCAUAUGUUGGUAGUUGUCUCCAGGACGUCGUCAGGGGUGUACGCACGUCUCCCGGCGCCUCCCUUCCUCCUAUAUUCUUCUCUCCUUCCUACCACUGCCAGAAUUUCGCGACUGUGUGAGAGAACUGAAUAAUGCCUGUAGAAGACAAAUCAGUUAUAGAAGAAAAUGUAGCAAAAAUUCCUGUAGGCAGCAUCCAGGCAGCAAAUGGUCAUGCGGGAUCAAUUUCAUUCAGAAGCAAGUCAACCAUGGAGAUGAAUGGCAGCAAUGGUCACCAAACUUCACAUGAUUCUACCCCUUCUAUGCCAUGGUUUGGAAUGGACAUUGGUGGAACCCUGACAAAGCUGGUAUAUUUUGAACCAACGGAUUUGAGUGAGGCAGAGGAAGAAAGUGAAGUGGAGACCAUCAAAAACAUUCGAAGAUAUCUCAAAAGUAACUCUGCUUAUGGUGAAACAGGUCACAGAGAUGCCCACCUCCAGAUGGAAAAAUUGCGUGUUGGGAAUCGAACUGGCACACUUCACUUUAUACGCUUCCCAACAUCAGAGAUGCCACAAUUCCUUGAGCUAUCAAAAAGCAAGGGUAUGGCUACCCUUGCUUCAACUAUCUGUGCUACAGGAGGUGGCGCCUACAAAUUUGAGGAAGAUUUUCAGCGCGUGGGUAUCAAUGUCUGGUGUGGCCCCUCCUGCCCCCUAGCUGCUGGACAAUCCCCUUAUGAGGUGAAUCUAACACUGCACAAAUUUGAUGAACUUGACUGUCUCAUUCAUGGCAUAGAAUACAUAGAAGACAACAAUAUGGACAGAGAGUGCUACUAUUUCCUUAAUCCCAGAAAUGAAGAGACUUGUGAAAAGGUGACAUUUGAUUUCAGCGAUCCUUACCCUUUUUUGGUGGUGAAUAUUGGUUCAGGAGUUAGCAUUUUGGCUGCUUACGGUCCAGACAAUUACAGAAGAGUCUCGGGGACCAGUUUGGGCGGUGGAACAUUUCUGGGUCUUUCUUGCCUUUUAACUGGAUGUAAAACCUUUGAAGAGGCCAUUGAAUUAGCAGCUAAAGGAAAUAAUGAAAAUGUUGAUAAAUUAGUGAGAGACAUAUAUGGUGGUGACUAUGACAGAUUUGGCCUCAGUGGAGAUAUUGUAGCCAGCAGCUUUGGUCACAUGAACAGCGCUGAAAAAAGAGCAAAAGUUUCCCGUGAAGAUCUUGCAUGUGCAACAUUAAUUACAAUCACAAACAAUAUUGGCUCAAUAGCGCGAAUGGUAGCAGCUAAUGAGAAAAUUGAAAAGGUGUUGUUUGUGGGUAAUUUCUUGCGUGUAAACCCAAUCUCGAUGAAGCUACUGUCUCAUGCCAUGGAUUUUUGGUCUGGUGGACAACUAAAAGCUAUAUUUUUGGAACAUGAGGGUUACUUUGGUGCUGUUGGCUGUAUGUUGGAGUUAAUGCGGACUGGAGAUGCCAUGGCAUCGUCUUAAAG